CCUAGGCCAUCUUGGAAUUCAAUACGAUACGAAUCUGACAUUCUCUUUUGCGACACACUAACGAUCAAAUUCGAGCUCAAUUCCGGAGGUGGCGUAUUUUGCCCGCUAUCACCAACAACAUUACACUUUUUAAAAAGCACCAUCUUUCUACGUAUCUUGUUUACUUGUUAUCGAUAAAACCUGUGACACGGUCCUGGGAAUUAACUCCCGUGACGCGACAAUGGCCAUGCCAGCGGGUUAUAAGCCAUCACCUUUAGGUUACGGCUCUCCUCGAAGUUCUCCUUUCCGCAGACCGGAGUCCCCUUCGUCCCCCUCGACGCCUAGAUAUACGACGCCGACCCAGACACCGACGAAGACAUCGACAAAAGUUGGGAAUUUGCAUACCCCUUCUAAAUUUACUGCCACAGUAGAGUCACCUACGAGCAACACAGACAGUCAUACUCCGCGUAGAUACGUCAAGACGAGCGAGAUGCCACCUCCCCACCCUCUCGCUUCACCGGUGCAUCUAUCAUCGUCACGUCCACAAGCACCAUUGCAAGGGAAUGCCCUCUCGCAAUUACAACCAGCGCAGGUCCGCGUUCUAAGGGAUGGGUUUCAAAUCUUGGAUAGAGAUAGUGAUGGGGCCGUGAAUAGGGAAGACGUCGCAGAUAUGCUCAACCAGCUAGGACUACCCUCUAGCCCAUCCGACAUAUCACAGUUCUUCCCGCCUGGAGGACCGCAGACCACGACUCUUGCCGUAUUCCUCAAUUCGAUAGCUUCGACAUUGGCCGCGAUGUCGCCAAGCGCGGAACUCCUAUCGGCCUUUUCCGCCUUCGACGAUGACGAUAGCGGUCAAGUAGACCUUAACGAGCUACGAGAUGCGCUGCUGCACACAGCGCCGGAGCCAGGAGAGAGGGCUCUGACGCCGUUGGAGGUUGACAAGAUCAUGGUUGGGUUUAGUGGUAGAAGGGCUUUUAGCAAGAACAGCAUGGCUGGCGGACUGGGCAAACGCGGUGAGGUUUUCAGGUACCAGGAGUUCGUGAAUUCCAUCGUAGGCGGAAACGGAUCGUCAGAACCUACUUCCCACGAGAGUUCCGAGGGUUGAGGCCGUAUCGGUGAAGGUCCUUGUAUGAUGUAUGUGGAAUUUUGUAUUCGUCGGAGGUUUACGAACACGUGCCUUGGAUGGGCAUGGUGCUGAGGAGUUUGAGUGGUCAAAUAUGAUUAUGGGUUAUUGCCAUUGGUACCAACCCGGAUCGAUACGAAAUUCUUCGUAUUGCAGGGAUUAAGAUAUUUACCUAGUAUGUUGCCGAUAGGUCUCCUUAGAAUUCCAAGCAACAGUCUCAACAUCGAUGGUGGCUGAACUAGGUACUUAAUAUACAAUGACCAACAAUAUGGUCUAUUAGAGUUA